GCCAGAGAACAUCAUAUCCCAUGCGCUGUCGUCGCCAUCACCAAGCUCAGCUAGCCUUGCUCUUCCCCGGCGAGAGGGAGACCACUUCGACCAGAAACCACCAGCCGGCGGGCGGCAGGAGAGGGAGGAGCCAUGGCUGAGCUCGCGGCAGGCGCCGUGAGCUCGCUGCUGGUCGUCAUCCGCAGCGAGGCGCUGCUGCUGCGCGGCGUCCGUGACGACGUGCAGUUCAUCAAGGAGGAGAUGGAGAGCAUGAAGAGCUUCCUGGCACACCUGUCCAGGUGGGCACCCCCCGGCGGCGAGCACGACGAGCAGGUGCGCACCUGGAUGAACCAGGUGCGUCUGCUCGCCCAGGACUGCAACAACUGCAUCGACCUCUACCUCUACAGGGGGAACCCCGACAUCCACCGCGCCAGAGGUGGGCUCCGAGGCUACCUCUGGUGGGCGACCUGGUUCCUGCACAAGCUGGCUGCGCAGCACCGCGCGGCCGAGCAGCUGUGCCUUCUCAAGGAGCGGGCGCGCGAUGUAGGCGAGCGGCGGUUGAGGUACGGCGUGGAGGUCCCUGACAAGUCAGGGAUGGGGCAAUUGGCUCCGAUGGCAUCGUCAUCAUCGUGGGCUGCUACAGCUGGUGGCUAUGCGGCCGGGGAUGACGAAGAAGAAGAUGAUGGUGACGGUCAACUUUUGGGGGCAGUGGCGACCGGCGGCCAUUCUGGUCCAGGAGCCUUCACCCAGUCUCGCACUCUGGACGACUAUGUCAAGGCAAAGCUAUGUGAGUGGAUGCAAGGAGUUCCUGGUGACGCCGACGAAAGUUUGUCCAUGGUCGUGGUGGCACCUUACACAUAUGAGGACCUCCUCGCUCUUGUACAAGAAACUUGGCUUUUGAGUCGAAACCCGGAGAGCUAUGGCUACCAUCGUAUUGUCGUGAUUGACAUUCCGGCCGUGCACCCCGAUUUUAUGCCACUACGGCCCAAGGAGGUUCUCUUCUAUAUUCUGCGGGAGCUCAAGCUUGCCAAAUCCAACCCCCAGGAGCAAGGCACAGAAGGCCAAGAGGAUCUUGACUCUUGGAAAGUUUACAUGAGAAAAUGGAAAAUUUACCGUGAAAAGAAGAGUGCUCUUCUUGAUAUCAAGGAGACUAUUGAAGAGAUGGAGAUUGAUGAAAAGCUUGACAAUAUCAGAAGUGGUAUUCAUGGUCAACUAGCAAAGGGCGACGGACAACCCAAGGGUGACAAGCUGCAGGGUAAUUUUGACCAGUUGGACCUGGAUGAACUACUUCAGCUGGUGCUCCAGACAGCAUCUCAACAAGAUCAAAAUGGGAAGAACAAAGACAUGCAUAUAUUGCCAGCGUGGGACAAAAAGAACAUCAUCGUCAAGAAGCUUAAGGAGCAUAUGGAAGCAAAGGAAAAGGACAAGAAGCUUGAAGAGGAAGAAGCUGCCAAGCAUAUAGGCGUGGAAGAUGGAGAAGAAGCCGUGGCCAAGCAUAUGGAAGAGGGGGCAGAAGUAACCAUACAUAUGGAGGAAGGAGGAGCCAAGCAUAUGGAGGAAGGGGAAGAAGUAACCAUGCAUAGGGAGGAGGAAGGGGGAGAAGUAACCAUGCAUAGGGAGGAGGAAGGAGGUGCCAAGCAUAUCGGGGUGGAAGAAGGAGAAGAAGCUGCGGCGGAGCAUAUGAAAGAGGAAGGAGGAGGAGAAGUGACAUGCAAACAUAUGGAGGAGGGGGCAGGAGAAGUAGCCAUAAAUAGGGAGGAGGAUAUGAAGGAUGGGGGAGGAAAAGUAACCACAGAUAAGGAGGAGGAGGAGGAGGAGGAGGAAGAAGAAGAAGAAGAAGAAGAAGAAGAAGAAGAAGAUGAUGAUGAUGAUGAUGACGACGACGAUGAAGGAGAAGAAGAUGACGACGACAAUGAAGAAGGAGAAGAGACGACAUGGAUUCAGCUCCAUAAGGCACAAUAUGCACACAUCUUGCAGAAGCUGUUCCCCAAGAGCAGCAACAGCAACAAGCCCGUGCAGGCUCAAGACAGAUCCUUGGACAAGCAAGCUAUAAAGACAACAACGUCUACACUGGGUGAGGAUCAAAUAAAAAUACUCAUCCACAACGCAAAGGAAGAUAUCUUACGGGAGCUGCAGCAAGGCAAACAUGACAAGAGCGAAGGGACAGGUGAACCUGCAGCUACGGAUCAAAAUCCAGAAAAUGUUUCUGACAAAAUAUUUGCCGGUUUCGUGAACCAGAUGAUGGAAAAAAUGAAGCAUGAGUUUAGAGAGCAGUUCAAGAUCAAAGGGCUUGUGAACAAGAUUAAAAAUAACUUGAAUCCUCAUCCGUUCCGGGAUAAGAAGCGUGAAUGCCCCCUGUUUAUCCUCAAAGUUGAUGAGCUGAUGGAUGUUUCCACAUGUGAGGAUAUCAGAAAUGCUUUGAGCCUGUUAAACUGCAGCGCCGAUUUGAUGAUUGUCACCGCUGCAAAGGACAUCCAGCUGGCUAAAGAAUAUUGCUAUCCACUGCGGGAACCUAUAGACUAUUCUCUUGCUGGCCUCUACCAUGAUACAGUGCUCGAGCUUACCAGUCAGCAGAAGAAUGAAGACAGCUAUAACCCCCAAAUUUUUCAUGAUAUCUUGUACGAGUGUGAGCCACAUGAAUUCUGCAUGAAGAUCUUCACUCAUGCUUUGUGUGUUAACCCCAAGAGGAGUGGUGAGGAGUUACACAAGCUGCACAGCACCCUGCGGGCUUUACCAACACCAUCAUUCAACAACAUCGCUAAGGUGAUGUUCAAGUUCUCUUACAAUGACCUGCCUAAAGAAUACAAGUCCUGCUUGCUGUACCUAGCUAUCUUCUCUCCCGGACAAAAGAUCAGGCGGUCAACCUUGAUUGCACGCUGGGUUGCAGAAGGGCUGGCAUCCAAGGAAGAUUGGCCCAGUUCUGUGCGUCAGGCCAACCGAUGUUUUGACAAACUUGUUGGACGGUGCCUUGUUGAUCCUGCUGAUAUUGAUGCCAUGGGAAAUGUAAAGAGCUGUGUCGUAAGUGAUCCAGUUCAUGGAUUCAUUACCACCAUCGCCAGAAAACAACACAUUGUGGAGACACGCCUGUCACAUCACUUGGCUCGCCACUUCUCCAUUUUCAACGAUCUCCAACUCCGCAGCUCUGAUAGAAUUGAUCAAUUCUUCAAGGGGCUCUCUGAAUCAUCUCAAGUAUCCCUGCUCAAGGUGCUAGAUCUAGAAGGUUGUCAGUGCUUUCUUGAGAAGAAACAGCGGUACCUCAAGGAAAUCUGCAGCAAGAUGUUACUGCUCAAGUAUCUGAGCCUAAGGAGAACAGAUAUUACCCAGCUACCCAGUGAAAUCAACAACCUCCGUGAGCUAGAGGUACUGGAUAUCCGAGAAACUAAGGUGCCUCCACAUGCAACAGCACAUAUCCUGCUAUUGAAGCUGAAGCGUCUGCUUGCUGGUUACAUUGAUCCAAGUAAUUUUGAAUCUAAUCCCCAGAUUCCUCAUAGGAUCGACAAAAUGGUAAACAUGGAGGUACUAUACAAUGUCAAGGCCAAGCAGAGUCAUGAUUUAAAAGAUAUUGGAAGGCUAUGGCAGCUGAGGAAGCUAGGUGUGGUUAUUGAUGAUAAGAAUAAUCACGUAAGGAAUUUGCUUAAGGCGAUCAGUGACCUACAUGAGUGUCUCUGUUCUCUGUCAGUCACUUUUCCUGUAGCCGCACCACAUGAGGCAGAGUUACCAGAAGUCAAUGUAUCUUACCUAAAAAAACAUCCCAAGAUUCUUGAGUCUCUAAGCAUCAAGGGAACCACACAGAAGGGGCGUCUUCUUCCAUUGUUCAUAAAAGGUGAUAACAACAAACUUGCCAAGAUAACUCUAUGUCACACUCUGCUGAGCCAAAAUGAUCUGGAAGUCCUUGCCAAACUGCCCAAGUUGUGGUGUGUCAGGCUCCAACAUAUUUUAUGCACCGAGCACAAGCUGAACUUCAAGAAAGGUGAAUUCGGAUGCCUCAAGUACCUUCUUGUUGAGGACUCAGACUUGACUAAUAUCACUUUUGAGGAUGGGGCAGCCAGUGAGCUCGAGAAGAUGGUUUUGUCUAUCACCAGCAAAUGUUCUAUUUCAGGAGUUGACCGCCUUCUUAAAUUGAAAGAGCUUGAGUUGAACAGCAGCUUCUGUGGCAGUUUGCUUGACGAUGCCAAACAGAUAGCCAAGCUAACUCUUCGUGGUACAUUGCUAGAGCAAGAUGCUCUACAAACACUCGCCAAGAAACCAAAUAUACGCUCUCUGGUGCUCCAGGAUAAAUCUUUUAGUGGAAGUCAAAACAAGAUUACAUUGAAAAAAGAUGAGUUCUUGUGGCUCAACCUUCUUAUUGUUGACUGCUCGGCCAUCACAAAGAUAGUCUUCACCAGAGGAUCUGCUCCUAGGCUCGAGAAGAUUGUCUGGUCAUCUUCCACAUCUCUCUCCGGCAUCAACAAACUUCCCAGAUUGAAGGAGCUCGAGUUCAACUUCAACGGUGUCGGUGACAAAGUCCCUGAUGAGGUGAGGGAGGCCAUUAAAAAUCAUAAAAACAAGCCUAGUCUUAAACUUAAUGGGCCAGAAACACAAGACAAAGCAAAAGGAGAUGAACAAGAUGAUGACGAUGAUGCUGCAACAUUCCCUUUCUGCUGGAAGAAACAGGUUUGACGCUGGAAGGGCCUCUCCUUUGAUCCUAUCGUGUGCUAGUGUGGAUUGCAAUCUGUUCUACUUAUCUGUUGAUUUCUUUCUGCUGCGUGUUUACAUUAUGCAUGCAUUACAACUGAAGUAUGUCCGUUUACAUGCUCUACAUGAGUGCCCUAGUGCCUCUGAUUGAGCAUAAAUGGUUGUAUCUAUGCUUGGAUUUGAAUAUGUAUGGCUUUCAUAUGUACCGAACAUCGUUUGCAUUUGUGUACAGUAUCAUGUAAUAAAGUGUGAGGUUUGUGGACACAUUUGACUUCUUAUUAAUGUACAGCGUGAUAUCA